GGCUCGGGUCGCACGUCGCCAUCCAGGGAACGAAUUCAAUCGGGUUGACUCGAGUCCGCCUCCGCCACUUGAGUCAGCGCCAGAGGAGCGCUCCUCUGCUAGGCCUGCUUACUGCUGGGACGCGCGGGGUAUCUUCUACCGCCCACGUUGACGCGCAAUUUGUUGUUGCCCACCCCCUGCUCGACUGCUCGUUCUCUACCGUUUCUCCUUCCCACCUACCACUUUCCUAGUCGAGCCUGGAACCUAGGCCGCUACCCCAUGCCACUAUGCCAGUACCGCUGCCACUAAGCCAUGAUCGGGCGCCAUCUUCCUCUGGGUGUCGGCGGUGCGCGCUCCCUCACAACGGCACCCAUCCGGCGCGCCGGGGCGGAUGCCUCGGCGUCCACGCCCCGUCAGACCACUACUGCCGACUACAACCGCCUCCUCGCCGGCUACGCGAGGUCGCCCGACCGCCGCCUCGCGGACGCGCGCCACCUGUUCGACAGAAUCCCGAACCCCGACGCCGUCUCCUACAACACGCUCCUCUCCUGCCACUUCGCGCGCGGCGACGUCGCGGGCGCCCGGGAGCUCUUCUCCGCGAUGCCUGCCAGGGACGUCGCGUCCUGGAACACCAUGGUGUCCGGCCUGUCCAGGAGCGGGGCCGUGGAGGAGGCCAGGGCCGUGUUCCUCGCCAUGCCGGCGAGGAACUCCGUCUCGUGGAACGCCAUGGUUUCCGGGUUCGCCUCCGCUGGCGACAUGGGCGAGGCGGAGGCGUGCUUCCGGGACGCGCCGCGGAAGGAGGACCCGGUUCUCUGGACCGCGAUGGUGUCGGGGUACAUGGACGCCGGCAACGUGGAGAAGGCCGUCCGGUUCUUUCACGCGAUGCCCGUGAGGAACCUGGUCUCGUGGAAUGCCGUGGUUGCUGGCUACGUGAAGAAUUCGCGCGCGGAGGACGCCUUGAGGGUGUUCAAGGCUCUGGUUACGGCUGCCGCUGUCCGGCCAAAUGAGUCGACGCUGAGUAGCGUGCUCCUUGGAUGCAGCAACUUGUCUGCGCUGGGGUUCGGGAGACAGGUACAUCAGUGGUGCAUCAAGUUGCCGCUGAGUAGGAGAGUCACCGUGGGCACGGCCCUUGUCAGCAUGUACUGCAAGUGUGGGGACUUGGAGGGCGCUUGCAAGCUGUUCGGUGAGAUGCGUACGAGGGAUGUAGUCGCAUGGAAUGCGAUGAUUUCCGGCUAUGCUCAGCAUGGGGAUGGAUGGGAAGCUAUCAGAUUGUUUGAGAAGAUGAAGGAUAAAGGAGUUGAGCCAAACUGGAUUACUUUCGUGGCAGUGCUGACAGCUUGUAUCCAUACUGGGUUGUGUGAUUUUGGAAUACAGUGCUUUGAGGGUAUGCAGGAAGUCUAUGGAAUUAAGCCCCGGGUUGAUCAUUACUCUUGCAUGGUGGAUCUUCUCUGCCGAGCUGGUUUGCUUGAAAGAUCGGUGAACUUGAUUCGCUCUAUGCCCUUUGAGCCACAUCCUUCUGCAUAUGGCACUCUAUUGGCUGCCUGUAGAGUUUAUAAGAAUUUGGAAUUUGCUGAGUUUGCUGCCGGAAAGCUAAUCGAGCAGAACCCGCAGAGCGCAGGCGCCUAUGUACAGCUGGCAAAUAUUUAUGCUGCAGCAAAUCAGUGGGCCGACGUCUCUAGAGUGAGGCGGUGGAUGAAGGAUAAUGCAGUGGUCAAAACACCCGGGUACAGCUGGGUUGAGAUAAAGGGUGUAAUCCAUGAGUUUAGAUCAAAUGACAGAUUACAUCCUCAGCUUCAUUUGAUUCAUGGAAAGCUGGAGCAGUUAGAGGAGCGGAUGAAGGCAAUGGGUUAUGUUCCAGAUCUUGAUUUCGCACUUCAUGAUGUAGAGGAGAGUCUGAAGGUGCAAAUGCUAAUGAGGCACAGUGAGAAGCUCGCCAUUGCGUUUGGCCUGAUGAGUACUGCUCCUGGGUUAACCUUGAGGAUUUUCAAGAAUCUCAGGAUUUGUGGGGAUUGUCACAAUGCUGCAAAACUCAUCUCCAAGAUCGAGGAUCGAGAAAUCAUUCUGAGGGAUACGACACGUUUCCAUCACUUUAGAGGUGGCCAUUGUUCAUGCGGGGAUUACUGGUGAAGAAUAACAAUAACAGUGUAUACUAGCAAAUUUCAUUGGUUUGCAACAGUAUUUGAUCCUCAAGAAGAACAUGAAUGUUGAUGCAUAGGGUCUGCGCAGUGCUCAACAUCCUAACAUGUGAGGAAUUUACCAUAGCGGUUUCUGUGUGUGAAUUAGAAUUACUGGUACAGUUAAUGUUCCAUCAAUCUUGAGUGAUAGCAGUUUCUAUCCACAAAUUACAUUUAAUUCAUCUGUGAUGUGUAAUCUUGAGAUCCUGACACUGGUGACCUGUCCUUGCCUAUUGAUAAAAAGUGGGAUGUAAAUAUAUGGAAAUGAUGCCGAGGAAAACGCUGAAGAAUUUCGCUUUGUGUGGCAAGAACAUCUGAAAGGGCUUGAUUGCCAUUAUUUCAAACUGAUGACCACAUUCAAGAAGACUAAGGUUGGAAUGAAAACUAGUGACCUUGAGGGAACAGCUGGGUAUACAGUCUCUGAACAAUUGAGAGAACAUAAAGGCCAGCAUAUAGCAUGCAAUGAUGCAACAUGGCACCACAGAAUCUACAGGCCGAGAAGUACAAAGUGAUGUGCAUUGUGAAGCCACCACAAUGAUGUCAUGAAGAUAUGGACGGACUGUUAGGGAUAUCCUGAUCACAUUGUGCUGAAAAAAAGAGGAACUACUAUCACUAUGACAUUAUGUUCAAUGGAACGUCAACAUGACUGCUUCACCCUUGUAUGGCUGAAUCUAUCUGAUGAAAAGGGAGGAAUGAUGUCUUCACGGGCAACAUCUUGCGCAAGGAAACAUUCUCAUUUCUGCAAUCAAUACUUCCGCUGUUGUAUGGUCCAUCUGUGGCCUCACCUCCUCACGUGCAUCCGGAUCGAUCAUACAUCCUAACUACUACCAGAUUAUGCCAAGAUGACUGAGCACACAUUGAAUAUCAUUUUCCAUAUUGGCGAGGACUGGCUGCGGGAGAAAAUCAGGCCAUUCCUUUGUGUGCCCGUGUCCAAGUACCUCUUUUAACGCGCGAGGAUGAUAUGACCUGAACCUUCUGGGUGGAGCAACGCCUGCAGCGUCUACAAAAAGAAGCAGAUGCACACGUACAGUUUUGUUGGCUGUUUCAAUUAGAUAACAGAAGACUAAGUUGGUGUCUUCUACCUGAUAACUUUAUUUGAAUCAAAAUUUCAACAUCAUUAGUUUCUUCGCGAUUGAAUGUCCAGAUCCAGAGCCAUCUUGUUGCAACCCGGGAAAUCCUGAAGAGCUUUGGCACAGCGUCUGGACUGAGAAUCAAAUACACUAAGUCCUCGGCCCCUCUUAUCAGUGGCGAGGCACACGAUGCAGCCCUGGUGUCUGACCUGUUGCAAUGCCCAAUAGCAGAGUUCCCCAUUAAAUAUCUCGGGUUGCAACUUGCCUUAUGGCCCAUGACCAAGGCUGAGUAGCAACCGGCCCGCGACAAGUUCCUGGAGUGCAUCCCUUCUUGGUAGCAUGGCAUGGUCACAAGGGAGGGAAGGUUGAUACUGAUUAAAUCAGUCAUUGCAGCUAGACCCGUGUACCACCUCCUGAUCCCUGAAGCAACGGCGUGGCUCCUGGAGGAACUGAAUUAAUUGGUGUGCGCCUUGUUUUUGGCUGGGAAAUAUGAGGUUAAUGGCGGGAAGUGCUUAGUCGCCUGGGACAACAUAUGCAAGCCUAUUCGUUUUGGUGGCUUAGGCCUCAAAAAGCAAGGUCUGAUCCUGCGUAUUCGAUGGGAGUGGCUACGCAGAUCGGGCAUAAACAGAUCGUGGACAGGCUUGCCGAUGAUCAAUGAUACUCUGGCCACCGAAACUUUGACAGCCUGAUAGGCAUCCCAGUGGGAGAUGGGAGACGAGUCUUUUUUUUUGGAAGGACAGAUGUAUCAUGGCAAGUCUGUUAGGGAGGUGGUGCUGCUGGUGCUGCAGCUAGUUAACACCAGGAACCGCAACAGAAGGACAGUGGAGACCACGCUGCAAAACAACAGCUGGCUGCUUGAUAUCUCUGAACCCUUAAUGCAGAAAGCGGCGAUUCAGUGUGUACACCUCUGGCUCCAAAUUGACAAUUUACAAAGGGGGCAACCUACGAAGGGAAUCUGACGCGGAGGACAAGUUCAUUUGGCCGUGGUCUUCGGAUGUCCAAUACUCCGCUAGGUCUACCUGUGAGCUACUCCAGGAGGGAUCUACCUGCCGAGGCCAUUUGGGAGAAUGGUGCCCCCAUAAAAUGUGAGAUCUUAACCUGGCUUGCGGUUCAGUACCAGUUGUGGACGUCGGAUCGGACACGGAGCCAUGGACUGCUAGAUCAGGUGUUGGCCUGCUUCGUUUGCUUACAAGACGAGGACAAGGCGGACCACAUCUUCACACAAUGUGUGCAUGCGAGACAGGUUUUGGUUCAAACCUUGUCCAAUCUGAACAUUGCUAUUGCAGCGCCCAGGUCUACGUGCAGACUUGAGUCUUGGCGGCAAAGAGCUAGACAGGGUUUCAGCAAGAAGACUCGAGGAAACUUGGGCGCGCUAGUCAUUCUUGGAAGCUGGAGUCUAUGGAAAAACAGAAAUGUCUGGGUGUUUGGGAAUAUGCCAAACAAGGAGUGUUCAGCAGCUCUCAAGCCAAAUUUGCAGUGAGUUCAAGCUUUGGACUAUCACUAGGAGAGGUGUUAAUAGUGUUUUUGAUUUGAGAGUAGGCGUAGGAUAGAGGGUGGGUUGUUUGGAGACGGGUUUAAACCUCUGUCGCUGUUGUUCACAACGGCUGACAGUGCAAACUUCUUGUAACUAUUUCUACUUCUGUACUAUAGCAUUCAUCUCUUACGACUAAAACACAAAGCAAACAAAAGUAAAUCCCAUGUGACUUCAUG